AGUUUUCAACUACCACAGCGUGUGUACUUAUACCACGAAUUGCUUAUUUUCUACAUUAAUUCUAACAGUUUCCUGCAAAAAAAUCAAAAUAUUCUUCCAUCUUUUUCUCACAAGCACAAUUCCAGAGUAGAGACUAGAAAGUACUAUGAUUUCUAGGCGCUGUCUUCUGUUUUUACUUCUUCUGUUUUUCAUACUUAAAUCUGAAGCCAGCGACCAGCUCAUUUUCCGCUACCAUGAAUGUGGAAACUUCACCGGCGAUAGUGCCUACCAGAUAAACCGUGACACUGUUUUAGAACUAAUAUAUUCCGACAAAAAAAUAGACUAUGGUUUCUACAAUUUCUCAUAUGGUGAAGGACCCGACAAAAUAAACGCAAUAGGCUUUUGUAGAGGAGACAUUAAUCAAGAGGAGUGUCGCGGUUGUUUGAAAAAAUCUGCAACCCUUCUGACAGAUCGAUGUGGAGAACAAAAAGAAGCAAUUGGUUACUAUGACUUGUGUAUCUUACGUUAUUCAAAUGAUUCAAUUUUUGGUAUCAUGGAAACUAAAACAAGUAAGUAUUUCGAUAUGGAAGGCAAAACAGUAGGGAAUGAUGCAUUUAAUCAGACACUUAUUGAUUUGUUGGAUGAACUUAAAAGUGUGGCCAUUGAUGGUGAUUCGCGUAAGAAGUUUGCUGAAAAGAGUGUGAAAGUAAUGAAUGAAUCAAGUAGUAGAAGUGAUGUUAAUGACACUAUUUAUGGUUUGGUUCAGUGUACACCAGAUUUGUCUAAACAAGAAUGUACUGAAUGUUUGGAUUCGGCUUUCGGGAAUUUUUCAAGAUGGUGUAUGAAAGGUUGUAUGUAUCUUGGUCCAAGUUGUUCAUUUAGAUAUGACAUAGUUCCAUUUUUCCAAUCCAUUUUCAACAAUACAGAGUCACCAGCACCACAGCCUUCGAAAGUAAUUGCUCCUGCACUUUCUCCUAAACCACGAAAAGGAAAGAGCAGGAAAAUAACAACGGCGAUCGCUAUCGUUGUAGCAGUUGUUGUGGCUGGCAUACUAGUUAUGGGUAUAUGCAUUUAUUUUGAAAGGAGAAAAUCAAGACCUGAAUUUGAAGGCCAAGGGAAAAAUGAAGAUGAAUCUGAAGCUGAAACUGGUGAUGAUCUUAAAGUUGGAGAUUUGUUGCAAUUUGACUUUGAAACCAUCAGAAUAGCUACAAGCAACUUCUCUGAUGCAAAUAAACUUGGUGAGGGUGGUUUUGGAACUGUUUAUAAGGGUACACUCCCUGAUGGACAAGAUAUUGCUAUCAAAAGGUUGGCUAACAAUUCUAAGCAAGGAGAAACAGAAUUUAAGAACGAAGUGUUGCUGACAGGGAAGCUUCAACAUCGAAAUUUAGUUAAACUACUAGGUUUCUGUUUACAAAAAAGAGAAAGACUACUAAUUUAUGAGUUUGUCUCCAAUAAAAGUCUUGAUUAUAUCAUAUUUGAUCCAAUCAAGCGUGCAGAUUUGAAUUGGGAAAGACGCUACAAAAUUAUAAAAGAUAUUGCCCGUGGUCUUCUUUAUCUUCACGAAGAUUCUCGAUUACAAAUUGUUCACCGUGAUCUCAAAACAAGUAAUAUUUUACUAGAUGACGAGCUGAAUCCAAAAAUUACAGAUUUUGGCAUUGCAAAAUUGUUUGAUGCCAAUCAAACUCAUGGCAUGACAAGCACCGUUAUUGGAACUUACGGAUACAUGGCUCCAGAGUACAUUAAACAUGGAGAAUUUUCGAUCAAGUCAGAUGUGUUCAGUUUUGGUGUAAUUAUUUUAGAAAUUGUUUGUGGCCGGAGAAACACUAAGAUCCGUGAUGGGGACAAUACUGAGGAUCUAUUAGACAUGGCAUGGAAAAAUUGGAAGGCAGGGACAAGUUCAGAUAUCGUUGAUCCCAUAUUAGAACAAGGUUUAAACAAGAAUGAAACAAUGAGAUGCAUCCAUGUUGGAUUACUUUGUGUUCAAGAAGAUAUAGAUGUGAGACCAACUAUGAGUUCUGUUCUAUUAAUGCUUAAUAGCACCACUUUCCCACUCCCUGAACCUUCGGAACCUCCAUUUUUAAUGCAACCCAAAAGGGCAUUAUCUAUAUCAUUAAGUGAGCAAUAUUCAGGUCCCACAAAGUCAACUGAUUCAGGAUCAGGAAGUCAAUUUACUCAAGGAUCAACAAGUAAGUCCUCGGUUACAGAUCAAUAAUAAUGCAAGAAUGAAGUGAUUGUGAAAAUCUUUUAUAUUUGAUUGAAUUUUGUCUUUCUUUAAGUCUUUACUACUUUCUUUCAAAUUCUGUAACAUAAUGUGUUUAGUAAUCCUUUCUCUAUAGUUUAUUUUUUGGUUGGUGUAUGUUUCGGUUGCUUUGUAAUAAGACUCCACUUAGAUAUAUUUGUGAUACAGUUUAGUAAAAUUUGCUCACAAGCGUAUUCCAAUUAUAUAUCAUAUAUCAUAUGGUUUUAUAUAA